ACACAUGUACUAUCUUGCUCACGUGUUAUUAACACCUGUAGUUUUGACCACUUCCGAUUAUACGAAACCGAUCGACAAUGACGGUUACCCGACACAUUGACCAUCAUCGAUGGCCAUGUCGCAGUGCAUAAAACGGAGCCUCGCUCGAAUUUUGUGGCUGCCACAAUAAAUCCAUCGUAGUUGUCGUCGCAUCAUUGCCCACCCUACAUUCUUAACUGCGCAUUAUCAUCUUUUUUCCUCUGAAAGUUGCAGGCUAGCAAGCAGUGCCCAUCAGCCAUGAACCAAGUUCGUCCUGCCACCCUAAGACUGUUAGAUCUGCCCGUCGAAAUCCUCGUAUACAUACUCAGCCAUCUGGAUGGCUACGAACUAGCGCGAGCACGUCGAGUAUGCCACGACAUUCGAUACAUGAUCGACUCUUCCUCGGAGUUGUUAUAUUCGAUUGACCUCAAAAAGCCGAAUAAUCCCGUUUCUAUACCGUAUACGGUGCAUAUCACCCAUAAAGUGUUCAUGUGGUCUUGCGGUAUUCUGGCACUGCGGAAUGAAAAUCGACUACAGUUUUUACAGCCGCAAGUGACAGACCCUCAUCAUUCCAAUAGCACAAGCUUACGUGAAUGGGACUACCAAUUCGAUGGCGAAUUCCCACUCUGCGAUUUUUCACCCACACAAAACCUUUUGGUUUGCCUUGUCAAAGCAUCCCCAGGGGAAAGUCAUGCCCGUGAUCUUAUUUUCAGAUCGCUUUCAGAGCCUGAUGAAGUCCAUCCUGAAGCUGGAUCCGCUGUGGUGAAAACCAUCGACAAAGAGGUCGACUUCGAAUCAUUGGACCCCUCCACUGUGUCAUUCUCCAUUUUCGGGAAUUAUUGUGGCAUUUUGUUCCCUGAUGUUCUCAACGCAGAUGGUUACCUGGUCGACAUUUUGCAAAUUUGGAACUGGAAGUCAAAGGACGUUUCUCUGUGCCUCAAGCCGGAUCAUGAAAUUCUGCAUUUCAGUUUUCUAACAAACGAAAUAAUUCUCGUCGUCAACAGCGAGGAACUACUGUUAUAUUCCCUCGUUGAUUUCCCCAAUGCUCUCCAUCUUACUGCCAAAUUUCCGCUCCCUGCCUUGCGGACAUCCUUUAAAUAUGAAACAAUCCGUAUCAAGGACUCCAUCUCGUCCCAUUCCCGCAUGCAUGAUCAUAUCAUCAAUAUCAACAUGGAGAUUUUGGGGAAGCGCCAUAGCGACGCUUCAAGUUGUGUCGCAGUGUAUGUCGAGCGCAACACCCUGUUAGAACUCCAGUCGGCCUACACGCGCCGAUAUGGAGAAGCAAGCGACAGUUCCCCUAGUUUGCCUUGGUCUGAAUGGGGGCUACAAUAUACUCGAUCCUUCAGAGGAGACUUGGACGAUUCUUGCAAAAAUGUCGUCUUUGGUUUACGGGCUGUAUCUUUUCUUGGCUCCCAGAUAAUGGAGCUUUUGCCGCGACCACUGUGUAUCCGCGAUUUCAACCCUCAUCGAGUAGCGGACUUCAAGGCUGGGAAUGGCAUUAGAUGGAAUCAACGACUCAUCGAGGGCAACUUAUUGGAUUCAAGUGCGGAUAUGUUCCUCGAGCCACUUGGAUCUGGACUUCCGUAUAUCGAGACUAUCACUGAAGAGAAGUUCCUUGGAUCCGAUUUAAUGGUGGAAGGAAACAAGGUGAUGGUGCUAUCCUUCGAUUUCGUGGGCAGACUUAAGAGCCCGACGAUACCGGAUGACCCGCAUACUGUCGAGGAUGAAGUGAGCUACAGCAUCGAGAUACUUAAUCUCGAGUAGUUAUUUAUCUCAAGCUCCAUGUUACUUGAGCCUUUCAAUUCAUUUUGCGUCUUA